AUGGAAAUAGAAGGAUAUCAGGGGAAAUGGUAUCAAAAAAAGAUAUAUAAAAUUGGAUUAAUUAUUCCAGAUUUAGCUGAUUUAUCUGCUGUUGAUGGUGAAUAUUUACAAGGCAAUUUUACUGUUCUUCCAACUAUUGUCCAGCAACAAUUAUACAAUCUAAAAUUCGAAUCUAUUGAAAAUUUGGUCAAGAAAGAUUUUGAAACCAAUGCUAUAGCAUUAGAGAAGUUUGUGGAAAAAUCGCUUGAUAUAGCAGAAGAACAAGGUGAAAUUAAAGACAUCAACCGUGAUUUCUUUAUUGCAUUAGGAAGUCCUCAUGAAACAAAAUUGACAGCUGAUAACUUAAAAUCAGAGAGGGCUGGUCAAUUUAGGGCUUUAUUCAUUCUUAUGAUUAUAAAAAACUUUUUUGCUGGGUUAAUGAAAUUACAUGAUGUUACAAGAAAUUCUAGUUUGUCUUUUGAUUUACCAACCAUGGAUGUCAAUACAGAAUAUCUCUUUAAUUGUUUAGGUAUACACCAUUCAGAAAAUUUACCAAAAAUGGCAUUAGGAAUGUUAACAGAGGAUUUGGGUUUCACACUUGAACAAGAUAAUAAUUCAAAACUCAUUUUAAUGAUAAUAAAAUUUAAGGAUUACCGUUUGACAAAGUUUAUCGAACUGGGCCAAUUUUCUGAAAAAAAUGAGGAUAUUUCAUCAAUCUUGAAGGAUAUCAUCAUUUACACCCUAUUAAGUGGAAAUUCUUUUUUUAUUCUAAGUGAUGCUGUUUCAACUAAGGUCUGCUUACUUCCUAUCCACCAAAAAGAAACCCCUAUUUGGACUCGUGCUGGUAACUGGACUACUCUAAAUCCAUCAGUGAAAUCACAUCAUAUUAACAAUUCAACCCCAUAUGAUAAUAAUCAUUUGGCGUUAAAGGGGCUUUUUGCUCUUUUGUUAUUCGAUGGAAUUCAACAACAAUUUCAUUUGAUUGAUUUGAAAGAAUAUCCAGAAUAUUUGAAAUUUAAUGAUGCAAAGAAUAUGAAUGAACAAAGUGAAGAUUGGAAACAUUUUUUUAGAGAAUUCUUGUUGAAUGCUCUAAAAGGGCUGAAUCAAACUUCUACAUCCUCAAAUUCUGGUAUUGAUAGAACAGUUGACGCUUUAAAUGAUCCAAAAGAUGAAGAUUUUGAGAGUUACAGAAAUUUCAAACGGCCUCGUAUUGGUAAAAAAUCGACUCCUUUACAAAAAAGAAUGAAGAAAGCUGAUAGUGUCAUAGAAACAGAUUCUUCAGAAUCACGCUUUGUUAACCUUAAAAAUCCAUUGUGUUUCAAAGGAUUAGAUGAUAAAUUAAUUAUCUCAGAAAUGUCUACUUACUCUAGUGUGAAAUUUGUUAUACCUAGUAAAGCAUUCUUGGAAUUUUUAGAUAAAUUACAAUCUGAAAGUGAUGAAGAUAUUCUUAGAAAGCAAAUCAUCCAACAAGGAACCGAUAAGAUUUUUUGGAAGUUUUAUGAUUUACAAGGUAAUAUUACACGUUUAUAUAUAUAUGGAUAUAAUUAUUUUGGUGAUUAUGUUACCACGGGUCUUUCAGAAGCUGAUAGAUAUAUUCGUGGGAGUAUGGGUGACUUUGAUUCUCUGGAAUCAAUUAAUGCAAUAGCAAAAGCUGAUUAUGAUAAUGAAGUGGAAACAUUAAGAGGUAUUUACCGUCAUAAUGCAACUCUCAAAAGAAAUGAAAAGGAUUUCAUCAUAAAUACUACCCAGGCUUAUUGUCAUGGAGAAGUACUUGCAAAUACAAUGGAAGGUAGAAUUUAUCAAGGUUAUCAUAUCGCUUAUAAUUAUAUUGAUUUUGUUGCUAACAAGCCUAAAACUAAAUCACAGUUUAAAUUAUGGAAAACCCAAAUUGAUAAUCUACACAAGGCAGGUUACCAUCAUGGUGAUAUUCAUCCUAGAAAUGUUGCUUGUAGAGAUGAUGGAGAAGUGUUUAUUUAUGAUUUUGGAAAAUCAGAACCGAUUUCAGAAAUGGAAGGUUAUUGGAAACAAAAGUGUCUCAACAAAACUUGCACUGAUUACAAAGAACUAAAAAGGCAUAGCAGAAAGAAGCCUGUAAGUUAA